GGAAGAAAACAAAAAGCAGAGAAGUUUUAGGAGCAAACAGAGAACAACCCCACAAAAACUGAAACCAAAUGCAAAACAAUCCAUGCAAAGAAGCGCCUGACAUCUUCUCUGAAACACUGACUGCCCAGGCUACGGUGCCGACUGAACAGGGCCUGACAAGAUGACCAACUCCACCACCACCGGGCCUCCGGAGGAGACCUGCCCCAGAAACACCCUCAUCACCCAGCAGAUCAUCCCUGUGCUGUACUGCGUGGUCUUUGUGGUGGGGGCCAUCCUCAAUGGGGGGUCAGGGUGGCUGUUCUUCUAUGUGCCCAGCUCCAAGAGUUUCAUCGUCUAUCUCAAGAACAUUCUUGUUGCCGACUUUCUGAUGGGCCUGACUUUCCCUUUCAAGAUCCUGGGAGACUCGGGCCUUGGCCCCCGGCAGCUAAACGUGUUUGUGUGUCGAGUCUCCGCGGUGCUUUUCUAUGUCAACAUGUAUGUCAGCAUUGUGUUCUUUGGGCUCAUCAGCUUUGACAGGUAUUACAAAAUUAUGAAGCCCCUCUGGAUCUCUUCCAUCCAAUCAGUGAACUCCAGCAAACUGCUGUCGGUGGUGGUGUGGAUGCUCAUGCUCCUCCUCGCUGUUCCCAACAUCAUUCUGACCAACCAGAGUGUGAGCAAUGACACAAAAAUACACUGCAUGCAACUCAAAAAUGAACUAGGACGAAAGUGGCACAAAGCCUCAAACUACAUCUUCGUGGGCAUCUUCUGGGCUGUGUUUCUCCUGCUUGUCAUUUUCUAUGCUGCUAUCACAAGGAAAAUCUUUAAGUCUCAUCUUAAGUCCAGAAAAAACUCUACUUCAGUCAAAAGGAAAUCUAGCCGCAACAUAUUCAGCAUCGUGUUUGUAUUUUUUGUCUGCUUUGUACCGUAUCACAUUGCCAGAAUCCCCUACACACAGAGCCAGACAGAAGCUCAUUACAGCUGCCAGUCAAAAGAGAUCUUGCUGUACGUGAAAGAGUUCACUCUGCUACUCUCUGCUGCAAAUAUAUGUCUGGACCCCAUUAUUUACUUCUUCUUAUGCCAGCCAUUCAGAGAGAUCUUACAUAAAAAGCUGCUCAUCUCACUAAAAGCCCACAAUGACCAAGACACUUCCAAAACCAAAAGAGGAACUACAACUCUUGAAAGUACAGACACCCUGUGAACUCCCCUACGCUCUCCCAUAUAAAGUCAAUGUGUGUGUUGACUGCACAGUAAUGGAGUUAAGAAAUAAAUAUGCCUGUGAUAAUUAACACGUCUGAUAUUAUCCAAUAUUAAUUUUCAGUAUCAAAUAUACUUAGUACUGUAAUAUAUUUAAGUACUGCAAGGUGCAAAUUUAAGUGCUCAGACUUUUUGUAACAUCCCAUCAAAAAAACCACCAGCAGAUUUUUCUAACACUGAUCUUUAUUUUUCUUACUAGUAAAAAAUAUAUCCAAUUAUUC